AUGGCCUCAACAGAGCAUAAUGACCACACACAAACACAAUCGUUGAGCUAUCCCGCACCCUCAGUAGCAGCAGACGCCAACGAUGAUAACAAAAUACACCUCCUCCUCGCAGCCAGCGGCUCUGUAGCAACGAUAAAAAUCCCCAAUAUCCUCCACGCCCUCUCCCACCAUCCCAAUCUUGCCAUCCGCCUAAUCCUUACCAAAUCCGCAACCAACUUCCUCGGGGGCCAAAGUGCAGAACAACCCCACUUCGAGUCUCUAUCCAAGAUUAAGAACGUGGAAGGCAUUUUCCUCGAUGAGGAUGAGUGGGGGGUUCCUUGGAAGCGUGGCCACGAUAUCCUACAUAUUUCCCUGAGGCGAUGGGCGCAUAUAUUGGUUAUUUGUCCGCUGAGCGCUAAUACUUUGGCGAAAAUUACUGGGGGGUUUAGUGAUAAUUUAUUGACGAGCGUGGUCCGGGCUUGGGAUACAACCGGCGAGGUAGGAGAUAGAAAGAAGAGGAUUGUUGUUGCGCCUGCUAUGAAUACUGCCAUGUGGAACCACCGUAUCACCAACAAGCAAAUUUCUGUCUUGGAGCAGGAAUGGGGCAUUCGUGAGAAUGUUAAAGAAAAUGAAUCUCAAGGUUGGUUCGAGGUCCUGAGGCCGAUGGAGAAAGAGUUGGCGUGUGGUGAUGUUGGAGAUGGGGCGAUGAAGGAUUGGAAGGAGAUUGUUGGUGUUAUUGAAGAAAGACUAGGACUUGGACAGCCACGCUGA